UUGUCUCUCGUAUGAGCCCUUAAGUAGCAACUAUCUAAUGCAAUCAUAGGUCUAAACUUGAUAAUUAGACAUUUUUUGUAGGCAUCUAAGCAUACAAACAUCCUAUGAAAAUUAGGUCUAUUUUUUAUCAAACCACACAUGCUGUCGAGGUUCCAUUUUUGCACUGAUGCAACAUAGUCCCAAGAGUUUUGUAGUGCUCAAUCUCAUACCCAGUGCACAACAGGUACACUACACCAAACAUGCCUAAAAUCUAAGCCGUAAGUUGAGGAAUCCAGUUCCCUUGUCUACAAACAAAUUCCUUAUGCAGAUCCCUCCCAUUCAUCUUUUUUCUCUUCCUUUCCAAGUAGAGCGAGUGAGCGAGAGUGAGAGUGAGAGAAACUGAGAAUAAACUUGGUUGGGAUGGACUCCGACGAAGACAACGCGCAGAGGGUCCCGCUGAGCCAGAGGCCCGACUGGUCGGAUGUUACUCCCCUUCCCCAGGACGACGGUCCAAAUCCAGUCGUCCCGAUCGCCUACAAGGAAGACUUCAUCGAAACUAUGGACUACUUCCGAGCCGUCUACCAGGCCGACGAGCGCUCGCCUCGCACUCUUUGGCUCACCGCUGAAGCCAUCCACUUGAACGCCGGCAAUUACACUGUAUGGCAUUUCAGGCGUUUAAUACUCGAGGCUCUCGAUGGUGACUUGCAUGAUGAACUGGGUUUCAUUGAGAAUAUUGCUAAGAGUAACUCCAAGAACUAUCAGAUAUGGCAUCAUAGGAGGUGGGUUGCUGAGAAAUUGGGAACUGAUGCUACAAGCAAGGAACUUGAGUUCACCAAGAAGAUACUUACUGUUGAUGCUAAAAAUUAUCACGCCUGGUCCCAUAGGCAGUGGGUUCUGCAGGCACUAGGAGGAUGGGACGAUGAACUUGAUUACUGUCGGGAACUCCUUGAAGAAGAUGUUUUUAACAAUUCUGCUUGGAAUCAGAGAUACUUCGUUAUAACAAUGUCUCCUCUCCUGGGGGGCCUGGAGGCUAUGAGAGAGUCUGAAGUGAGCUACAGUGUUGAAGCCAUAGUAGCCCACCCUGAGAAUGAGAGCUCCUGGAGAUACCUUCGAGGGCUUUACAAAGGCGACAUUGAGUCUUGGGUGAAUGAUUCUCGCGUUUCUUCAGCUUGUUUGAAGGUUUUGAGGGCCGCCAAAAACAACAACUGUAUCUUUGCUCUGAGCACGCUUUUGGAUCUUCUCUGCCAUGGUCUCCAACCAAGUCAAGAGUUGAGAGAUGUUGUGGAUGGUCUCAACAACACUUCAGGCUCAAAUCAACCCGAUCCUGACUUGGCAAAAACUGUUUGUUCUAUCUUGGAAUGUGUGGACCUGAUGAGAGCUAACUAUUGGAGGUGGCGCAAGACCAAGCUUCCUGCUCAGCCCACUUAAUACCCACAAAAUUGUGUCGUCUCCUCUGGUAUUUCCGAGCAUGUAUGUCUCUGUUGAUCUGAGUGAAUGUACACAGGAUAAUCCUGUUCUUGACAUGGUAACCUUAAUUAAAUUAGGUUACAUCAUUCGAAUCAUUGUUCAUAACUUUCCUAAAUUGUGAAUCUUAAACAUCUCAUUCUAACUAAUUUGGAAACCUUAUGUUUAAA